AUGACAAUCGAUGGCGUCUGGGAGGAUCUCUACAAUGGUCUCCAGGCUGUUUACCGACGGGAAGUGAUGAAAUCUCAGCGAUAUAUGGAGCUAUACACGAGCGUGUACGAUUUCUGUACCGCUGUCUCGGUAAAUCCUUCCACACCUGCCGGUGGCGUUGUCGGUCGUCCGAGUAGAUCGGGUGCACGUUCAUCUCACAAAAACUACAAUGCUGAGGAUGGAGCGGUGACAGGAACAGAUUUUGUUGGUGUUGAAAUGUAUGCAAAACUGACUGCAUUUAUUGAAUCUUACGGCGCCCAAGAUUUGCUUGGUGAGGACUUGUUACGUUAUUACACGACGCAGUGGUCAGAAUUCAGAUUUUCCUCAAAGGUUGUUGAUGGCAUUUUCUCCUACCUUAAUAGACACUGGAUCAAACGGGAAUUAGACGAAGGAAACGGGAACAUUUACAUGAUAUACACGUUAGCACUUGUGAUAUGGAAAAGAAUUUUAUUCAUGGAAAGUAAAGAACGGGUCACUGAUGCUGUACUGGAUCUGAUUAGGCGUGAACGAAAUGGAGAGACGAUUCCUCGGAAACUAAUUCGUGAUGUAACAGAUUGUUACGUUGAACUCGGCAUAGAAGAAGAUGAAACCCCGGAUCAGGUGCGCUCUGCUCAACCAAAUCCCAAUGCAAAGCUGAAGGUGUAUAUGGACCAUUUCGAAGCGAAGUUUCUCCGAGAAACAGAGAACUACUAUGCCAAUGAAGCCCAAGCUUUCUUG